CGUGGGGUUUCUGUAGUGCCGCCCUCCGGCCCCGGUCGCUGCGCCUCCUCUCCCGCCUGAGAGCCGUGACCGCGAAGGCCGCCGGCGGGUCCCGCCCUCGGCCAGACACGACUGGGGGAGUGGCUGAAAGACAUGACACUCUAGGCACUCUCCUUGGCGUCUCUAUGGUCCCGCGCCGGCCGGAGCGUCGCUCCCGCGCGUCGGGACGGACGUUGCCCCUUUAAUCGACGGAGGACGGGGACGAGGAGGUCCCGCGAGAGUUGCGGAGGGCGGGGGCGGUGUCGAGGCUGGGGGCCCGAGAAGGAUGGAGCCCGAGAUGGAGCCAGACACUCUGGAGGCGCGAAUCAACAGAGCCACCAACCCCCUGAACAAGGAGCUGAACUGGACCAGCAUCCACGGCUUCUGCGAGCAGCUCAACGAGGACUUGGAGGGGCCGCCACUUGCCACCCGACUGCUGGCACACAAGAUCCAGUCCCCGCAGGAGUGGGAGGCCCUCCAGGCCCUGACGGUGCUGGAAACGUGCAUGAAGAGCUGCGGCAAGAGGUUCCACGAUGAGGUGGGCAAGUUCCGCUUCCUCAACGAGCUCAUCAAGGUCGUGUCCCCCAAGUACCUGGGCUCUCGGACCUCUGAGAAAGUGAGGAGCAAGGUGGUGGAGCUGCUGUACGGCUGGACGGUCAGCCUGCCCGAGGAGGUGAAGGUGGCAGAGGCCUAUCAGAUGCUGAAGAAGCAGGGGAUCGUGAAGUCUGACCCCAAGCUGCCUGAGGAUGCCACCUUCCCUGCUCCUGCUCCGAGGGCCAAGAAUGUCAUCUUUGAAGAUGAGGAGAAGUCCAAGGUGCUCGCCCGCCUGCUGAAGAGCUCGCACCCCGAGGACCUCCGAGCGGCCAACAAGCUCAUCAAGGACAUGGUGCAGGAGGACCAGAAGCGGAUGGAGAAGAUCUCGAGGCGGGCGAACGCCAUCGAGGAGGUGAACAACAACGUGCAGCUGCUGACGGAGAUGGUGAUGAGCCACAGCCAGGGCCACGUGGCUGCAGCCAGCAGUGAGGACCUCAUGAAGGAACUCUACCAACGCUGUGAGCGGAUGCGGCCCAUGCUUUUCCGACUGGCCAGUGACACAGAGGACAAUGAUGAGGCCUUGGCGGAGAUCCUGCAGGCCAACGACAACCUCACGCGGGUCAUCAACCUGUACAAGCAGCUGGUGCAAGGCGAGGAGGUCAAUGGUGAUGCCGCUGCGGCCGGCCCAAUCCCUGGGAGCACCUCAGCCCUGCUGGACCUCUCAGGCCUGGAUCUCCCUUCUGCCGGCACCACCUACCCAGCCGCAUCCACGGGCCCUGGCAGCCAGACCAGCCCAGAGCAGCCCAGCGCCUCGCUCUCCCUGCUGGAUGAUGAGCUCAUGUCUCUGGGCCUAAGUGACCCCACACCUCCUUCAGGCCCAGACUCGGACAGCACCGGAUGGCACAGCUUCCAAUCCUCGGAGAGUGCCGAGCCCCCCGCCCAGCCGCCUCCCCUGCCAGCCAGCAGUGCUCUGGAUGACCUGGAUCUCCUGGGGAAGACCCUCCUGCAGCAGUCGCUGCCCCCCGAAUCCCAGCAAGUGCGGUGGGAGAAGCAGCCGCCAGCCCCCCGGCUCACACUGCGAGACCUACAGAGCAAGAGCAGCAGCGGCUCCGGAGCCAGCACCCCCAGCCUCCCCCCCACCGCGCCCCCAGAGCCUCCCGGGCCCCCGCAGCUGCCCGCACCCCCCGAGGUGGCACUGGCCAGCAUCACCGUGCCUCUGGAGUCCAUCACGCCCAGCAGCAUCCUGCCUGUAACUGUGUACGACCAGCAUGGCUUCCGAGUCCUCUUCCAUUUCGCCCGUGACCCGCUGCCGGGCCGCUCAGAUGUGCUGGUGGUGGUGGUAUCCAUGCUGAGCACUGCCCCCCAGCCCAUCCGCAACAUUGUCUUCCAGUCGGCUGUCCCCAAGAUCAUGAAAGUCCGGCUGCAGCCUCCCUCGGGCUCUGAGCUGCCAGCGUUCAACCCCCUCGUCCACCCGACAGCACUCACCCAGGUUCUGCUCCUUGCCAACCCCCAGAAGGAGAAGGUCCGCCUCCGCUACAAGCUGCUCUUCACCAUGGGGGAGCAGACCUACCACGAGAUGGGGGAUGUGGACCAGUUCCCCCCACCUGAGACCUGGGGCAGCCUCUAGAGCAGGCCUGGGAGCUGGAGCUCCUCCCUCCCCUGCCUCCAGCUCCUCCCCUGCGGAGCCAGACUCAGCAGCAGGAGGCUGGGUCUGGGUUUGCACUGCAGGGGCACCACGCAGUGUGAGCCUGGGCACGGAUGGCUGCCCAGCCCCAGAAGGACUCAGGGUCCUGGACAGGGAGUGGGGCCGUCGGGGAAGCCAGGACUGCAGGCCCAGCCCAACUACAGCCUGGGACCCUCCCUGCCUGUCUCUUAUGCCUUAUGGGAAGGCCCAGCCAUAACUUGGGGGGCCAGGCUGGAGCCAAGGACAGCUCAGGCCUCCUCCAUGGGACCGGGUGAAUGUGGGGGUCGCGUGUGCACCCCUAACUGUUUGCACUUCUCUGCUGUGUGCUUUGACUGCUUUUGUAUCCAAGUGGGCCCUGUGGCCAAGGUCUCAGGGGUGGUGGAGGCUGACUCACCCCAGCUGCCCCUCCUCCUCCCAGGGGCUCCCCACCACCACCCCCGCCUCCAGAGGGGCUGUGACUGUGGGCCGGGGCUCCACCUGGGUUCAUAGUGCCCGCCCCCUCUGCCCUGGCCCCUUUGGGGACCCUAAAGGCAUCUCCUCUCUGUCCGUCCAUCUGUCCGUGGUCAGCAGUGGGCUCCCUGUGAGUGAAAGCCAGAGUAUUUAUGGAAAUAAAACAUUCUUUUCCUGAA